AUGGAAUUAAAAGACAUUACGACUUCUGCCUCUAUUGUACCGUCAUCGAUAAAAACUUGGCUAGAACCAAAUAACAUAUGGAUUCUUUCUCAAGACCGAUUAAAAGUCCCUAACACAAAUCUAAUUCCAGCUAUCUGCUUUUAUAAUGGCACUUUUGUUCCAAUUCAUGCAGGUCAUAUUAGUGUUCUGGAAAAUGCAAAACAGUAUAUUAAUAAUCUCGGUACACAUGAAUUACUGGCUGCAUAUAUAUCUCCUUCCCAUUCUGAAUAUGUUGCAAAGAAAUUAAGUCCAGAUGAAUUAAUUGGAGCCGGACAUCGUCUAUCAAUGAUCUAUCUUGCAAUUGAAAAUCUCGAUUGGGUCAUGGUAGAUUUGUUUGAAAUGUUUCAGCCAUGCAAAACUUCAUUAGGUAUUGUUAUGGAAGCUUUUAUUUCACGUGUUCACUCACAACUUCCUAACGGAGCCCGAAUCGAUGUAUUUUGGUUAAGAGGAGAAGACGCGCUAUUUCAUACUAGGUCACCUGAUAAUUUAAUUCGAUUAGGAUUUCGUACGGUGUAUGUUCUAAAUCGACGAUGCAAUGAGAACAUGGUUAACAAAAAUAAUGAACUCAAAUCUAUUCAAGAUUAUCAUGAAAGACGUUGGCGAGAAAUACAAGCUUUAUCCUCUUUUCCAGAAAAGUAG